GCUGCCAAAAACAAAAAUGGUAACUUGUUGCCCACAGCUAGCGGGAGGAAUUUAGAGGUAUCAGAAGAUACUGCUAAUACACCACCCAGCAAGCAGGAAGAUACUCCUACUCCUCCUCCUCCUUCUUCUUCUUCUAGUGAGGAGGUGCAGAACACAACUCCAAUUUCUGAGCGUCGAAAGGCCAUGUUUGAACCAUUAGAACCUAUAAAGAAUGUUAAUGGCCGACGACCCUCGGCUGAGUCUUUACUUCCUCCCCCUGACUUUGAAUCUGCAAACUAUCCUAAGGGCUGGUUGAUUGGAAAGAAACGAAAGCUUGUCAAUGUAGAUGUUGUUGAAAGCAUGCGAAGGAUUGCCAUCCAAGAAAUGAACAGAAAGGACAGGGAAAUUGAUGGACUAAAUGAACAACUGGAGGAGGACUCACGUUGCUUGGAGCACUUGCAACUUCAGCUUGUGGAUGAACGAAGCAAACGUGCUCGAGUUGAAAGAGAGAAUGCAAUGCUUCAAGAACAAGUGAACAUGCUCAUGAACAUGUUACAAGAGGCAGAACAAAUGGGAGAGGAAGGCCCGGAUGAACCUUGAAGUUUACCAUAGUACAUUAUGUGUGCUUGUGUGUGUCAAAUUCUUUUUGUAGGUUUUGUUCGUCAUAAUGUCUAUGCAGUUAUUAGAGUGCAUAUAGUAAUAUUUGGGGGCAAAUGGAUCAAAUCGCAAUGAGCAAACUAUUCGUUUAUCUCAAAAAAGAAAAAAAUUGUAAAUCUUUGUAGUGACUGUGUGGUUGUUAAUUUAUAACUUGUUACUCUUUUAAACUAUAAAAAAGCAUUGUAAUUUAUUGUAAUUUA